UGGUUACCCUUUGUGUGUGGGCAUUCCCUUCAUCGGUCCCUGUGGAUUCACUAAAAAUAAUUAAGAUUAUCUUCAUUCCAGCACACAUAAUGAAGUGGUGAAAUAGUUAUAUACCUGGGAAAAUACGUGGACGUCCUACUUCCCUAUCGGUGCAGGUGCAGGUGUGGGCCGCCCCGCCCCCUGCGCCAGUGACAGCAGCACAGAUGCCCUUCACUGACACGAGGAUGAUCUGCUGCUGAUCUGCGCCUGAGACUCCAGCUCUGCCAUUCCUCCAUCAGCACUGAUACAACAGCACUUCUGCUGCCUCUGGACAUCCAGACUGAAGUUCUGCUCAAUAGCUGGAGAUUAUGUUCAGUGGACUUUUAAAGGAGGAGCCCAUUCAUGAACUCUCAGACUGUGGUGUGGAGCAGAGGAGAACAAAAUCCAUCUGAUCCAAGCUGUUCUAGCGUGCUGAAGAUCGUGCUCUUUUAAACGGGACGGGACUCUGAGAGAGAGAGAGACCAUGGCUGGAUGUUGCAUGUCUGCGGAGGAGAAGGAACGGCAGAGGAUAAAUCAGGAGAUAGACAAACAACUGAGGAAAGACAAGAGAGACUCGCGUAGAGAACUCAAACUACUGCUGCUGGGCACAGGUGAGAGUGGCAAGAGUACGUUCAUUAAACAGAUGAGGAUCAUUCAUGGCUCGGGUUAUACUGAUGAAGAUAAGAAAGGCUUCAUUAAGCUCGUCCACCAGAAUGUGAUCAGCGCCAUGCAGUCCAUGGUCAGAGCUAUGGACAUGCUCAAGAUCGCCUAUGCUAACUCAGACAACCAGGCUAAUGGUACACUGGUGAAUGAUAUUGAGGUGGAUAAGAUCAUGAGUUUGGACGAGGCCCAAGUCAACGCCAUCCGGAGUCUAUGGAACGACACUGGGAUUCAGGAAUGCUACGACCGCCGCAGAGAGUACCAGCUAACCGACUCUGCCAAAUAUCACUGUAUGAUGGUGGACGUCGGCGGUCAGCGAUCCGAGCGCAGGAAGUGGAUCCACUGCUUUGAGAACGUCACCUCCAUCAUCUUCCUGGUGGCUCUGAGCGAGUACGACCAGGUCCUGGCUGAAUGUGACAAUGAGAAUCGGAUGGAGGAGAGUAAAGCUUUGUUUAAAACCAUCAUCACAUAUCCUUGGUUCCAGCAGUCGUCUGUGAUUCUCUUUCUUAAUAAGACAGACAUCCUGAAGGAGAAGAUCGUGCACUCUCACCUGGCCACCUACUUCCCAGAAUUCACAGGCCCCCAAAACGAUCCAAAGCCAGCCCAGGAGUUUAUUCUUAAGAUGUACCAGGAGCAAAACGAAGACAAAGACAAAUCCAUCUACUCUCACUUCACUUGUGCCACCGACACGGAGAACAUCCGCUUGAUCUUCGCAGCUGUGAAAGACACCAUCCUCAGACACAACCUCAAAGAGUUCAACCUGGUUUAAAAUCAACAUCCUGGAGGACAAACCUGGUCCUGCUCUCUUCUGUUGAUCUGUUGAGUAGAUUUAGCUCUCACAUUAGCUUUACAUUGUUCUCUUGUUGACUAAGGACUUAUAUAAGGAAGUAUCUAGGAGAACUGCCUAAUGGAUUAGAUGUGGACUGGCUUCCUGAAAACAAGCCUUGAUCUACCAUUACAAGGAUGCAUCUUCUUUUCAGUCGUGUUUAGGUCCUCUAAUAGAUGGGUAGGUUUCAUCGACAACAGAUGUUGCCAUUUUGUUCUUUAUGUGAUAGAGUUUACAAGGGAUGCUACUUAGGAGAUUUUAAGGCACAUGUAAAAAAUGUUUUCCUGAUGUAAUAGAUCAAAGUCUUGAAGACUCCUUGAAGCGUUUAAAGGCAAAAAAGAUGGAGAAGUUUACAUUUUAAUAUAAAAACUUGGAUUUUUAGUUUUUUUUUAACAAACAUGCUCUAAAGUUGCCUUAUGUAGUUGUAAUGCAUACCUGAAUCACGAUUAUGCAUUUGUAGAACUUAAAGGUAAGAAUUUAAUUCAGCUAUUUUUUAUUUUAUUAUUAUUUCUCAAUGUAAAAAUAAUUUACUAGCCAUUUUAAACUGGUGCUCCAGUGUCAAAUUGUACAUUGUAAAGGAUAUUUAUCAUUUUAAACCUGCAUAUUCCUUAAAAAAAAAUCUUGAUUUCUCACUGAAAAUUCAGUCACGGGCAAGUUUUCGCAUUUUACGCAGCCACUGAUUUCCGAGUUUCAUUAUUUGACCUCAGUUUCGUAGCAGGUACAAGCUGUAGUGAAUACCUGACGUGCCUUUAAACUGUAAUGUCUGUAUCUGCUUUGAUAAUAUUUAUUAAACAAGGAUAUACAGCUAUAUGU